UGAGCCCAAUCAACUGACACACUUGUAACGUGUGAUAGCAAUAAUAAACUGGGAUGGUUGUGGGAGAGAUAGCAGUAAUAACAAUAGAUAAUUGUUCACAACUCUACUGGGUUAUGUUUGUAUCGUUCAACAAAAAGUGAUUAUAACUCUUGUAGCUUCCAGUUGGGGUAUUUUAUAAUAGUUUUUCUUUAUUUGUUUACAAUUCCGAACCCAUAAAAUCACAGCACAUUCCUCAGUAAAUAAUGUUAAAUGAGUUGCUUAUAAUAUUUAGCAAAGUCAAAGCUUAAUAUCAAAUUGAAAUAGGAUUUUUUUUAUAGUAUUUUACCUUCUUGUGACUGGACCUGGUUUCGAGAUGCUGGCAAGUUACUUAUUGGUAUUGUGCAAACACUAAUAAUAGAGUCUGAAAUCAUUGGGUUAAAUAAAGCAUUUUUUAAAAGUCCUUACAAGUUCUGAUAAGUCGAUGUUGAUAAAACAGUAUCAAUGUCUUUUCACUUACUGCUUUCUUCAGUUAACGAAGAUGGAAUAGAACUCUUCACUUCCAGCCGUUGAAUGUGAUCUCGAUAUUUAUGCCUUCACAGGCUUUUACAUGUUCUGUAAGAACAGGGUUUGUUCACAUUUGGCGUUGUUAACCACUCUAAAGUACAUGUGAAGUAGAUGCCCGUGAGAACAGCUUUAUUUAGAUCUCGAUAAAGGUAUAUAUGAAUAUGGUACCUGUAUUAGAAAAUAAACUUUCUAGUGCACUAAAUGAGUGCUUAUUAUUACUGAUAAUCCUAUCUCCACUCUGUCUCUCUGACAUUCGCUACCUUCCAUAGACAAUCUCUCCAACAAUUAUAUAUAUUGACAUAUAUUCCAUGCCAGUUUCUAAGAUUAAUUCCAUCGAUUAAUGCUCCCAAUACAGCAGAUAACAAUGGAGUUGAAAUUUUUGUGAUAUAAGAUGAGUGUCUUUUAUUUGUAUACACACAUACGUACUAUAUACAUACAAGAAAUGUACUCACGAAAAAGGGAGAGCUCACGAAAGUGACAGAACAAUCUCGUUAAAUCGCCUUAAAAUUCAAAACAAGACAUGAUAUGGAAAGUGAAUUAUACUUAUAGCUAACAAACUAAUCAGAACACAAACACCGACACACAGACAAAGAGAAAGACAAAUAUUGGAUGGUCAACUUGAUUGACAGAAAACUUAUUUGUAAGAUAAUUAACUCCUUGAUUCCAACGUCUUUCUCACAUUUGAAAAGAGACAGGCUAUGAAGCAUACACAAUUUCUCCAACACACAUACAUCUGCAAACUUUCUGGUAAAGCUACGAGAAAUUGUCAUGAAGAUCGCUGGAAGAGAAAUAACUCCUUCUGGUUACGUCGAGUCUUGUGACUUACCUCCCAUGGACUGCUGUCACGAAGUCUUAACAUGUCUGUCUCCACACACUCACACAACCGUCUCAACACCGUAUAUCAGGAUGGGGGACUACAAAAGACUUGUACGGACUAUAUUUCGUGGUGGACCUAAUGACAGAUGCUCUCCAGCUUGGUCAUUGAUGCUGUUGUUGUGAUCCUGAUGUGCAUGGUUAUCUCCCGUGCAGCUGCCAUAUUUGAAGAGUAUAACACCCAGGUACUUGAAACUGUUCACGUACAACUCAAUAGCUUUUCAUGACCAUUAGUGCUGACCAUGACUUUGCUCUUGUCAGUGGUGAGGUCCUGCAACUCACUCUUGCUUUCCACCAUUUUAAUGUCGUUUGCGAUGUCAGUAGUUGCAGAGGGGCUGCCACUGACGGAAAUGUAGGAGUUGUGAUUAAGAAGAGUCUCUUGCAUAAUGUUCUACAGGAAGAUGUCGAAUAAUGCAUGCGACAUGCCGGCCACCCCUGACGAACACCUACUGUUGUCUGUGUGGCGUGUCAGACAUGUUUCUGUGCCUGUGUAUCUCUCAAGCGCUUACAGCAGACGACGCUUGACGUCAUUUUCCAGGCUAUUUUUAUCCGGUUCACUAGGUAAAGGUCGAGGUCUAUUUUUCGAUGACCGUAGCAACGCCUGACGUCAUGCCAUGCUACGUCAGGUGUCGUCUGCUUGAGAGCUGAGUUUGCAGCUGGUUCUUGCUCUUUGCUCUCCCAACCUUUCGACAAAGAGCGGUAAUGGCCAGUACAGUUUAUUCCUCCCCACUCUUGAGCAUCUUAAUCGACUGAAGGCGAUUUCCUUCCAUUUACACUGCACACGACCGUCUCGACUUCUACCCCGUAAGGCUGGGAGAUCUACAGCGCUGCUGGUCGUAUUCUUGUUGCCUUGUCGCCAGUGGAUUAACUUUCAUUGAAGAUGCCGUGCGAACUUCAUCCCUACAACAGCACGAGCUGUCUAAACCAACUAUGACUGUUGGUAAACAGGUGAAACAAGGAUCAAGCAGCAGCUGUGUAUCAUCGAUACUAUCUGGUCUCCUAGUAACGCCAUGACGCAGUCACAAACACAACAACAUUAUCAGUGUAUCCUUAUCCAGCACAAAGUUCAAACAACUGACAGUGUGAGGACACCAUUGGUGUGCGUGCUGAAAACAGUUUAAAAGGAACUUAAAUGUCACAACCGUGAUAGGAGCUUACAGUCAAGUUAACAGUAAGAUACAACUUCAGGCUUCAUCACAACCCCUUCUCCAAAAGAGCAGAUGCAGGCACCCCCGCCUUGCAUUUUCACCAGACUAUUUGGCUCCAUGGCAGGUGAUAUGGUUUCGUCGAGCGAUAACUCGUCUACAGAGACACCUGCAGUGAUGCUUCUUUCUCGUCCACCGCCACCGUCGUCGUGUGGUUUUUGCUACCUUGGUGGCUUUGCUCACCAUCGUUGGUGACAGCUUCACACUCAUCGUCUUUGCAUCAGCAGGUCGCUCAGAAAAUUCAGCGACUUCUUCAUCAUCAAUCAAGCGCCCUUCAUCCUCUUCUGUACUGGCGAAUCCAGAGCACGCGCUUGCUGGUCAUCAUGCUUAUGAUUCCUUGGGGAGAGGUUCUCUACGGUCUGCCCAUCCUCUUGUGGGAGCUCACUUUUGGCCCCACAAUCGCACCAGGCUCCACGCCAGCAUUUUCACCAGACUAUUACAACACACAUGCGCAGUCUGCUGGCUUUAUGUCAGGUGAUAUGGUUUCGUCAAACGAUAACUCGUCUACAGGGACACCUGUUGACAGCAAUGCGGCUCCUUUCUCGCCGACCGCCACCGUCGUCGUGGGGUUGUUGACGUCCUUGAUGGCUUUGCUCACCAUCGUUGGUAACGGUUUCACACUCGUCGUCUUUGCCCUCAGCAGGUCACUUAGAAAAUUCGGCCACUUCUUCGUCAUCAAUCUAGCGAUUGCCGACCUGGCUAUUGGCGUAUUGGCAAUGCCUCCGGGCAUCCACUACCUGCUGACUGGCACCUGGCAGGGCGGCCAUGCCUUCUGUAAGUUUUGGCUCAUUUGGGACUACGUCACAACUGCUGCAUCAUCUUUGUGCAUCUGUGUUAUCAGCAUCGACAGAUAUCUCUUAGUCGUUCAUCCUCUUCUGUACCGGCGAAUCCAGAGCAAGAGCUUGCAGGUCAUAAUGCUUGCAAUUCCUUGGGGAGUGGUUCUUCUUCUUUACGUUCCGUCUAUCCUUUGUGGGAGCUGUCGUUCGGGCCCAAGAUUCGGCCAGGAACCUGUCACGCACCGUUUUCUGAUAACUUUCCAUUUCUUCUUUUUACAUUCAUCGUGGAGUUCGCUCUCCCUUAUACCCUCAACCAUCACAAGCGUGUUGAUUUUUUGGAGUCUCCGAAGACAUUUGCGCAAAGUGUCUGACCUCUUCAUUUCAUCCCGAAACUUCAGAUACUCCGGUGAGAUGCGAGAUCAAGGCCUCUCGGAGAAGCGUGCACGCAGAGUGAAAAUACUCACCAUUCAGUCCCCCAGACAGCUGUCAGCGCGGGGAAGCAAGAUCUCAAGCGGUUCCCAAGAGGAUAUAACGACAAACGACGUCGUAGACCUUACGUCAGAGGUUAAAGGUCACACACAGUCUUUCGUGGACGACACUGGCGAUGCUGAAGAUGCGACGACCAAGCUGAACUCAAGCAGAGCACAGCCUGGCUCGAUGGCGAGCUCGGCCGACAGGAGGUCUGUAAAGUCCUCAGGCCUGCCCAUGCUCUUGCCAAGGUGCCGCGCGCGCAAGGACAUCAGGGUGGCGCUGUCGUUGUUCGUGCUGGUGUUGGUCUUCACCAUAUGUUGGAUACCCUACGAAAUUAUCGCACUCGUGAUGGUCGGCUGCCACGACUGUGUGAACAAGGAUCUCUACGCGUUUUCAUCCUGGCUUCUGUGGUUCAACUCUACCAUCAACCCCGUGCUGUACCUGAUCCUGCACACGCGCUUCAGGGAGGCGGCGGCCAUCGUCAUAGCGGGAUGCUGGGAGUGUGAGAGUUGUCAUUCUUAGACACGUAGAACAUGUUUUGGGAGACCCCGUAAGAUACUUCUAGAUUCAAAGGAAUAUAUCUAUAUUAGAGAAUUAAAAAGACUUAUGUAAGGAUGGGACGAUAUAUUUGUGUGUUAAGAAAUAAGAGAUGUGAAGUAGUACUCAGGACGGGACUGACCUUGAGGGGAAAGAUGUUCCUAACGUUCGACUUUAGACUGCUGAAAAUAUAAUUCACUGGUAAUCGACUUUCAUGCUCUAUACUACUACGAGCAUUUAAGCAUUGUCUGUGCUUCUGUGAUGUGAAGGGUUUCGACUUGAUAUUUAAGGUCUGUGUGUUCAAUUAAUGUUAGACACUAAGCACCUCCACAGUGUGAUGAAAGAAUUGAAGCACACAUUGCAGAAGUUUUUAUUUCCUAAUGACAGCAAAAUAAAAACUGAUGACGGGGCAGACUGACUUGUGACAAAGCGACUUGAACUAUUUUUAAGGGACAAUUUCUAAAAGAAAUGUUUUGACACUGGAUUUGAACAUAGUCCCAGCAAACACACCAAGAUUGGUUUAGUGUCGACGUUUAAUGGGAGCUUCAUUGGCUCUAAUAUUGGUAUGUCCUUUGUUACAAUACUGGCCCAAGAUUGGGAGUGAAAAGUGACAAUCCUGGUAUUGUCAGAUUCCAAGGGUACCCCUGGCUUGGACCAAUGUUGGCCCAAUUAUGAUUUUCUUGGUAUUAGAUGCCUAUCAACCCUCUUCCCAACUACUUACUUCCUGUAGCCUAUCAAGCAUGUAAUAUCCUCUGCCAAUAGCUGUACUUUAGUUGACAGGUUGGAACUAGAAUAACACUAACUGUUGACUUGUCAGUUACUCUUCAUGUACAUAAAACAUAUCAGAACAUUUUUUUUCACACCAGCAACCACACUAUUAUUGCAUUCGGAUGUUUUAACCAGAACAAUACAUUAAUAAAUAUGAACCAUUUUAUUUUCGAAUGAAACACUAAAGGUCGGCUCAGCCUUUCAUAUAUACACAAGUGCACAAACAUAUUAAAUGUAAACCUGUCAAUACAUCUAGCUGCAGAAUCUCAGCUGCAGCUAAAGUUUCCUCUAUUUUCUUGAAGAUCUUUUUAAAAAAAAAUGUAGCCAGCAUUUGCAUGAUUAGUGCAAUGGAAAGCCCUAAAAAAACAAUAAAGAUUAUCAUAAUACUGAUAUAUGUUUAAGAUAAGUGUAGAUACAAAGUAAUUAAAUAUAAUUAAUAUAAAUAAAUCUCUUUAUACAAACAAGCUGAACAAAAAAAAUGAUACUUUUAAUUCUCUCGGUAUACAAACAGUUUAUAUGGAAUCUUACAGUCAAUAGAAGAGCCUGAAGAUACCCCUGACACUGGUGGCUGAGUAGAUGUAUGUCCAAUGGUGGACCCUGAAAAGCAAACAAAAAUCUCCUAAUGCUCAUUUAUUAAGUUUAGGUACAAAGGGACUUAUGCAUAAAGCAAAAAAAAAAUGGCACUGAAAAGUCUCUGAAUAUAUUAUCUAGAAGUUUAUGUAAAAUCUUGCAGUCAGUAAAAGCAAGUGGUGUAGUAACAAAUGUCAAUGAAGUCUGAUUGUGGCACCUUUAAAGCAAAUAACAACACAAAAACUAACUGUUGAUAUAUUUAAGAUAACGUUAGAUACAAGGCGCAUAAACCAAGCUUUAAAGUGGUACUUCUAAUUCCCUUCAAUAUUUAUUAACUAGAAGCACAAGUAGAACGUUACAGUGGUAGCAACAGAUGAUCCUAGUUCCCUGAAUGGGAAAUCACACAAAACAUGCCUGUCAAAGGAUCCUGUUUGUGGGAUCCCAUGGGUCUCAGUGGUGUAGGGGGAGCUGCAGGUAAGCCUUGUGGGGAACACAGCCAUUUUCAUUUUCUCGAAUCUGUUAAAACUGGAAAACAAACACAGCUGUCAAUUGAUUUGUCUAGUGUUUACAGAAAAAGGAAUUAACAAGUUCUCAUAUUUUGUAACCUCUUAUUAUUAUAAGCGUUUUAUCUGUAGAUUGAUGGGUGAUAUAAAAUACAGCAAUUUUAUUUUGUAUUGUUCAGUUCACAUGUACAACUCUCACAUACUUUUCCUUAGCUCCUUUCUCAGCUUAACAACAAAUUGAAGAGGACAUUUAGGAGUACUACACCAGAUAUGAUCAGAAUUAUCAGACACUCGAAUCUUGACAGCACUCUAGCCCACCUAGACCUCUGAAAUAAUAAGCUAAAAGCUUACUUUACAAUUGUUAGGUUGUUGGCUUCAGAAGGGUUUGGGUUAGGGUCAGGUCUGAACCGGUGAUGUGAUGUUUUACUCAUAGCCAGGGCUCGUAAACAAUCAAAUUGGCAUUAAAUCACAAAAACAUAUCCUGAUCAUAAUUUCUUUUGAGUUGUUUAUUCGAAAAAGGUGAAGCAAAUGGCAAAAGAACAGAAGCACUGAUAACCAUAUCCUUCUUGGGACUGGUUUUCAUUUUCUUGGGACUUGUUUUCAUUUUCUAAAGGGACUGUCAGAAGCAUCUGAUAGGCAGCUGCUUCUCAAAUUCAAUGUGGUGUAUCUUCUGCCUUUUGGAGGGGGAAGACACUUCUCUGGUAUGAUGCUGCCAAAAUAACAUAAAACAAAGUCUGUCAUUGCAUUGUAUUGAGCAUAAACUAAGUUAAUUUACUGUAUUCAAUAUGUAAUAAUAAUAAUGAUAAUGGACAUUUAUACAGUGCUUUUUCAAUAAUUUGCUCAGAGUGCUUUAUAGAACAACAAACAGGCCAAUCCUCAUUAAACUGAUUCAUAAAAACCAUAGUCUCAUACCAACACAUUCACACUAAUUAACAAACACAUGGAGAUACAGACACAGAAAUGCUUUAUGCACACCCUUGGUUUGGAUACGUCUUAUAGGAGUGGGCACUGUUUUGGAAAAAAACAUGUCUUAAAGUCGGUGACAGAAUCACAAUGACAAAGGCCGA